AUGAAACUCUCAACCCUUUUCACCUCAACUAUAUUCACCCUUGCUGCUGCCUCAUCCUUCCCUAGCCCCGAAACACUAGCUACCAGCGACAUCUGGAUAGGUCUGAACCUGAACAAAUGUCUGGUCAACGCUGAGGUCAUCCCCCAGGCCAAUCUCGCCGCACAAAAGGUCAUAGCCAAAGAAGUCAUCGCCGCCUACAACGCCUGGGACAUUGAGCGUAUCCUCGGUUACCGAACUCCAGACUGCAAGCAAAACAUCCUACCCGCCAGCUUGAACCGCACAGCCAUGACCAACGACGAAUACCGCGUAUUCUUCAAAAGAAUCGAGCCUUUGUACAAGAACUUUACGAGUCCUACAAGAAACGCACGACCCCGAGGCACACACAUGCAUUCUUCACGCGCGAAGUACGGCGACGACUGCGAUUGGGCCGUAUGGGAAUGA